AUGAUGAAACGCUAUAAUAUGAAUGAAUUACCUGAGAAGACAACUGAAUUGUAUGAGGAUAUGACUAAGCAUGAAAUUUAUCUUGGAAAUGUAAUAUAUCUUCUUGUUAUUAAUGCAUGUAGUAUGUGUUUAUCGAGGCAGAAAGGUUACUUAAUUCAUGCGAAAAUAAUAGACAAGAAUAAAGACAUAAAAGAUAUUAGAAUUAAUAAUGCAUUAAUUAACAUGUAUGGCAAAUUUGGUGAUAUUGACAAUGCUAGACAAGUAUUUGAUUCGAUGAGUGAGCGUAAUACAGUUACGUAUAAUAGGAUGAUGAAUUGUUAUGGUUUAAAUGGUCAAGGUCAUGAUGCUUUAGAAUUAUAUAGAAAAAUGAGAGAGCAAGAAUUUAGUACACGAGACAGUAAAACGUUCACUGUUUUAUUAAAUGCAUGCAGUCAUUCAAGUGUGGUCGACGAAGCAAGAAAAAUCUUUUUUUCAAUAGAUAAAAGAUAUUGGAAUAAAUUUGUUACAGCAGCAAUGGUUGAUACCUUAGCCCGUUCACAACACUGGGAUGAAGCGCAAUCAAUUAUAGAAAAUUAUGAAAAAACGAAUAAACAUAAUAUUGUUAUGUGGAGUACAUUACUUGGUAUAUCUCGAACAUACAAAAAGGAUAAAAAAGCAAAAGAAAUUUAUGAUAAAAUCAAUGAAAUUGAAAAUAUAACUAAUGAUCAGCUUGCACCUGCUAAUAUUUUACUAGCAAAUACAUAUUCAUCAGCAGGUGAAUACGAUAAAGCUGAAUCUAUUCGACAGAAAAUUAAUAAUGAAAAUAUAAGAAAAAUACCAGGUAUGACAUGUAUAGAAAUAAAUGGUGUUAAUCAUUCAUUUUAUGCUCACGAUAAAUCUCAUUCAAAAUCUAAUGAAAUCUAUGAUGAACUACAUAAAUUACAACAAGAACUAAUUGAUUAUGGUCAUAAGUUUGAUUGUAAUUUAAUAACACGUCGUGUUAAAACAGAGCAUGGUGAAACACCAUUAUCUGUUAUAAUGGGACAUAGUGAAAAAUUGGCUACAGCUUAUGGACUUAUAUCAACUAAACAAAAUGAGUCAUUGUUUAUAGCUAAUAAUUUAAGAAUAUGUUCAGAUUGUCAUGAGGCGAUAAAACUAAUAUCUAGAAUUCAUCAACGUGAAAUAGUCGUUCGAGAUGCUCAACGAUUCCAUAAAUUUGAAAAUGGACAAUGA